GCCGGGGGCGAGGGGGGCGAUGCAAGCCUCCGCGAGUCGCCGACCGCUCUGAGCCUGUACCCCCCGAGGGCCGGGGCUGUGUGCCGGGCGGGGAGGCGGGGGCAGGGGGGCAGGCGGCUGGCUGGCUGGGCGGGCGGCGAGGCAGGCCAGCCGCGGCGAGGUGAGCCGGGAAUCAGUGAGCUGUGGGAUGUUGUGGAGAGGGGACGUGCGACGCCACGGAGUGCUCACUCGUCCUGGGCCUCGCACACCCUCCGCCUGUGUCUGUGUUCCCGUCGAGGCCUGAGUUGAGACUGGCAGUGGCCUUGCCCUCCCCCUCGGUAACUAACGUCUUUGCCGGCAAGACAAGGAAAUACUCACGUUAUGGACGCGAGGGGCUGUAUGGAUUAAAGUGUUCCUAAAGUGCAAUGUGACUUUAAAGUUACUUCUUCACCGAAGUAGACUUUACAAAGUUAUUAUUGUUGACAAGGACUGGCGUGAGCCGCGUGUCGUCUGCCUGUCGUCACCAUGAUCGUGUGCACCUCAUACCAAGAAGAAAGACAUAUCGUCCAGAGCGAAGGAGGCGGCGGCAGCGUCAGUGUGGCCACCUGUGAACACCGCUUCUCCUCCACGGGCGGGGCGCCGCCCCCCUACUCCAGGCUGCCCCCGGAUGGACAUGAGUUCCCCAGCAACUACGCCGAGGGCCUACCCGAUAAAAUGUCUCGCUACGCCCGCUACUCCCGCCUGGCCAUGGAGCUAGACAGCCCCGGCAGCCCUCCGCCCUCAGCCGCCCCAACUCCCACCACGCCCCGCACUCGCUCGGCCCCCGGCACGCCCCUUGGCCCGCCCCCGCCCAUACCCCGCUCCUCCUCCUCAACCAAGACCUACAGCAACGAAAAGACCCAAGAUUCAGGCAACAACAAGUGGGCGGGAGGUGAAGAGCGCCGGUCCCGUGAGCCGACCCCCACACGCAGCCGCUGGCGCAGACAGGACGAGCGCAGCGAGAGGAGCGUCCGAGAUAAGAUCGCCAUGUUCUCCACAGACGGCCCGGACCAGCCUCACCCCAAGACCAGGAAGCUGGACAAACAGGAGGGAGAGGAAGGCACGAUGAAGCGCUCCUUCACUGAAGAUGAUGUGCGCCUCGACAAUUCCGGCAGCUCCAGCAACAAAAAUGGCCGGGACACCCACAGCAACCCGCGCUCGCUGAGCAAGACUAACGUGUUCAGCUCCAUGAUCAACGUAAGUACUUCAGAGCCGAAAGACAACACCAAACAUAUUUCAACAGCCUCCAGUGAGGUGGAUAUUCGACAAGAAACUCCACCCACACCGCGGGGUAACGGCAUGCGGGAGGAGAAGAGGCCAGACGAUGAGUCCAGUGCCAGCGGACUCCACUCACGGUCACAGUCUCUUAUUGACAUUGGUCGCUCGUCUCUCACAAAGCGUCACAGCGUGGGAGCCUACGACAGGCCGUCCGUGUACCAGUAUGGCAUCGAGAAGCCGGAGGAGCGAGAGCGGCGCACGUCACUCACAAACCUGAUCGAGCAAAGAAGGAAGAGCUUUGGCUCAAAACUUCUUGGACUCGUGAUCCCCGAGAGCCGCGGCAGCGAGGGCGGGGACAAGGCCUCCAUUGACCUCCCUCGCAUCUCAAGUGUUCCGCCAACGACGGCAUCCAAGACCAUGUCCCUCCCGCGGGAAGGCCAACGCUCGCCUAGACUCUACAAGGCAGAUUCCAUUUCCAGCAUCGACUCCUGCGAGUCCAACACCAGCCGGCACAGCUCCCUCAACGCCCCGCCCUGGAAGAGCCACGGGACCAGCACGUUACCCAAGUAUUCACCUGCAUUUAAGCGGAAGAACAUGACUGUCUUCAGCAAGUCAGACAACCUUCCACCUCCCAGCGGCCGCUCCCACAGCGCUUGCAGCUCCUCCCCAACAAGUGACCUCUCGCAGCCGUCCCCAACACCGAUGUCACAUUCGCCCCCCAAGAGUCUGGAAAACAUUUCCCCGCCCAGCUCAGAGCACACGUAUGACAUGAACGAAGGGAGGUACAACAGCGACAAGCACAGCUACAGCAAGUUGUCCCUUUCACAAAAGAAUUCCUUGGAAUCUCGCCUCAAUAGAGCCGAAGACAGCGACAACGACUCGGCGGUCAGCUCCACCCAGUCAAGCUACUCUCAGGGCAUGUCACCCCCGUCCUCCCCCAUGCCAGAACAAGACGAGCUCGAGGACCGCCGUGGCAGAGGCUACAGGUCGCGGCUAUCCCAACAAAACUCUCUUGACGAACAGGAAGCCGCCAGAAGGGUUCUGAAACGCGGAAGCAUCGAGGCUGAGAACAGAAGGAACGUGAUUAAUUCUGCGAGAGUCAGUUCAGGAAGGAACAGCGACGAACACCAGACUCCAGAAAUCAUCCGCAAGUACUCCAGCGCCUCAGACAAGGGCGAGGACUCGGACCGGUUCCCGCAGCGGCUGGAUACGGAGCUGCGGGACGGACCGAAGGUGACGGGCUUGCGGCGGCAGGCGUCUACUUCAUCCACGUCAUCCACAGCGUCGUCCCGGCGGUCAUCUCAUGAUUCAUCGAGGCGGAACUCAAGAGAUUCUGUCAUCCACGUCACCAAACAUGAUGAAGCGAAGGUCUCGGCGGAGCCUGUUUACUUUGACCAGGAGGGAGAAAUGUAUAAAGAAUCCCAGCUAAAAGUUGCUUAUGUAAAUGAAAUCACCGACGACUACGAGCAGCUGAACGACGCCAACGCCAAGGAAGUGAUCGCUGAGGUUCCUCUUUCAUCGCCGCCAUCACGGCGGACUCCAGAGACAAAGGAGGCCCCAGAGGCAAACCAGACCGCGUCCUCCCCGCCCAGGAAGGGAACGAACCGCUGGGCUAAGCUGGAGAUGAAGUACGGAUCGAACAACACAAAUUCAGAUAUCGAGACGAAAAUUCAACGAAUGAGAAGAGCUUCAGACUCCAGCUCGCCUGACCGCACCAAGAAAAAAUCAGGAGGGUUCCGCGCCCUGGCCGAGAAGUGGCAGCAGCGUGCCGAAGAGGACACGGCGGCGCCCCCACACCCCACCCUGGCGCGCCGGGAGAGCAACAGCCGCCUCGAGGCUCCGGUACGAGCCUCACGACAGUUUGAAGAGAGAGCGGCAGCCCCACCCGCCCAUGACAGGCCGGCGCGUCCCUCCAGACUGUACGACGACCAGACGGAAGUGGACGGCGGCCAGGCGGCCCAUUCAGACAACUACAGCGAGUCCACGCAAUCCUCGUCCAACAGUCUCAGCAGCAGUGGCGACAGCCGCUCCGAGAACCUUGACAUUCCUCGUGCAGAAGUUCCUGACCGCAAGCUGUCGAUGCCGGAGUACGGCAGCGCCGGUGUCAAGAUGCGCGACCGUCGAGAGGGCGGGGCAGGCGGCGCUCCCUCCCGACCCACUAGUCUGAUCGAGGGCGGCGACGGGGGCGUGAUGGACUCCCAUUACUUAACCACCUGCUCCCAGCUUAGCCCCGCCGCCUCCACGGACUCCCGCGACGAUCUCUUCACUCCCGAGACGUCGCUAUCGCGCACCGCCAGCAAGGAGGUCCUCGAUGCCUUCUCUCGCCCUCGUGCCAACAUCGGCGUGUCGCUUCCUCGCGCAGGGGCCUCUAGCACACCCAAAAUGGCUGACAUCAUGCGAGCCUUUGAGCGCCAUGACCUGGGGAAGCGCGGGCCCAUGAGCGGAGGGUCGUCGCACCUUCGUAUGUCGUCGAUGGACUCCACGAACAGCGACGAGGGGCUGAUGGGCGCGCACUAUGGCUCCGUGACCUCCCUGGCGUCUGGGCAGCGUGACCAGUAUGGUUCCAUCACCUCGCUCGCCUCCUCCACGUCCCUGAUCUCCCCCCAGGAACUGGCUCAGCUGAUCGAAGAGGCCAACCAGUCACUGGAGGAGUCGGGAACGCCCUCACAUGAGAUCCUGGUGGUGGUGCUGCACAGAGAAGUCGUCGCCCACGGCUCCAUCGGCAUCACACUUGCAGGCGGGGCUGACUACGAGGCCAAGGAGAUCACCGUCCACAAGGUCAUUCCUGGCAGCCUAGCGGAUCGCGACGGACGCAUCCAGCGCGGAGACCGAGUCCUGUCCAUCAACGGCAAGAACCUCCGAGGCGUCACACACAAGGAGGCUCUCAGCAUACUCAAGUCACCAAGGCCAGAGGUUGUUCUUGUGCUGUCCAGAAGUCGGUCAGUCACCCCGCAGGAGUCCAACAUGACAGAGUCUGACGGCAGCUUCAUCCACCGUCCGUCCCUCAUCAACCACGUCACGUCCCCAAGGCCUCCAAAGAUCCUCGAGUCGCCCAUGGACAGCAAAAGUCUCAUCUCAGAUGUAGCUGCUAUGUCAGUUCCCAGAGGUCCUCCAUUCACCAUUACCCUCGUGAAGGAUGGUGCAGGGCUUGGCUUCUCGUUGGAGGGUGGCAAAGACUCACCACUCGGCGACCGUCCACUUACUGUAAAGAAGAUAUUCAGUGGUGGUGCAGCGGACAAGGGCGGCGUCCUCAAGGUUGGCGAUGAGUUGGUCAGCGUGAACACCGUUGACGUGACGGGGAUGGCAAGGAUCGAGGCGUGGAACUUCCUGAAAAAGUUACCAGAUGGCACAGUUACUCUCGUCCUCAGGCAGAAGCUGGACUACACGGCUGCGAAAAAUGAAGAAUGAAGUUUUUAUAGUAUGCUGUAAAUCACUGUAAUCAUUAUGCUGUGGUGAAAUGUAGAGAUACUGGUUGUGGGAUCAGUGCUUGUUGUUAUCUACCUUUAUUUGUCCUGGAAACUAUUAUGUUCACUUUCAGUUAUAGUUUUUCCAUCCAUUACCUAAUACAUUAUAUACCUGAUAUUCUCAACAAGUCGUUAUUUUUACAUAAUUAAAAAGAUGUUUCUUAAGAUUUCCUACUCGGUGCUAAAUGUCAUGUUGGUUUUCCUGAGCUCUAACACUGGCAUAAAAUACUUAGAGUGCAUGAUCUGUAUGAGCAUUACAGUGAAGUUUGAUGCCAACUAAGCUAAAUCAAGCACAGUAAUUUUGCAGUGAUGGAUACUUCAGGUUGAUACUUGACCAGUAUACAGCAGUGCAAAUACUUCUCCCCGAAUUUAUAUCAUAUACAAGAAACUGAUUGGGGGAGAAGCUGGAGUCACUGGAUGAGGUCACAGAGAGUUUAGCUAUAUUGAGUAAUUGUCACUGUAUUUAUCUCAAUCACUUAUUGGGCUUCUAAUUCUUAUUCUGUGCAGCAAUUAAAUUACCAGGGAACACUGUUUUCAGUGUUUUGUUUGAGCUCUGCAAUUAAAUCAUAUUUUGUCAUGAAGUAAUUGCUGUUUAUUGAUUUAUUUUCUAUCAUGUUUUCUAGUUCAUUGAUUAUAUUGUCUUUGUAAAAAAAUAGGAUACCAGUGAUGUUUGUUGAUUUGUAUAUCUAGUUUUAUGCAUAGUAUUAUAUUCAUGUGUAUAAAAUAGGAUGAAAAAGUUAGAUAAAAAUUCAAAUAAUUAUAUUGUAAAAACUCAAAUUUAUGUUGGCACUAUUUGCCAAUGAUAAGUCUUCAUGAUUUACAUAGAAUUUGACUGCUUCCAGUAAAGACAAUUUAAGGUUUACAAAUAAUCUCAUGCCUUAUUAACGUGUGUACUAGCUCACAAAGAUUGAUAUUUUUAACACAAAGUAUGCAUCAGACUCAUCAGAGUUAAAUAUUUAUUUAUAACACAUGAUUUCAACAUGAAAAUGAUUAGGAAUUCAACUUUUAAAAUCCCUAUUGUGCAUGUCCUCACCGACACUCUCCCACUUUUUUUUCCAUCUUUGGUUAUUGUUGUCAUCCACUUUGAAAAGUGGAAAUUAAUAUGAAGCUCAAAUUUAGUAUCAAAAUCACCACCAUUACUGUUGUGAAGUGAAGUGACUAAGAAGUUUUCCUGUAGGAAAAUACAUAUAAUUAUGUAUACUUACAGUGCAUGAUUCUGUCAUUACUGCACAGUAAUUGAUGGAAAAUUAAAAGUUAUAUUGUAUUUUGUUUACAAUGUUGUAAGAAGAUGACAUGCAUUUGAAAUGACUGGGGGAUUAGCAUCACAAUCACACUUACCUUUUCUCGUUCAUAAUUAUGAGAAAUUUGGUGGAGGUGGUUAUGAUCUUCAAGGAGUCCUAUGUAACUUAAUGACUUCAGUUUUUACAUUACAGUGGUUCAUUUUAGGUGUGAGUGACUCAUGCACAUAAGGCAAAAAAGAUCCCGAAGACUUGAUUCUCAUUCUGCAGUAUCAUUUAUUUAACAUGCUUUUUAUUCUUGAUCAAGACAACUGGUGAGGGCAUAGGACUAAUGGCAGACAUGAGUCACAGCUGGCCAUCUGUACACUGUGGUGAGAGUGGUGCUAGGGACUGACGGCCUGUGUGGCAGCCCCUCUAGAUGUAGGGGUUGACUGGCUUGUGUGGCAGCCCCUCUAGAUAUAUGUAGGAUCUGGCUGACCUGUGUGACAGCCCCUCUCAAUGUAGGGGCUGACUGGCCUCUCUGGGUUUCACAGAUUCCACACGUUACACCGUCUUACACAAGCGUUGAGUGACAGUGACGAGAACCAAGUGGAAUCUGAGGCGUUGGUGCGUAAUGUAUGAAUGCCAACCCUCGUCUGUGAUAGGCGCAUUUCUUUAUGCUGGUGGAUGGAUACAAGCAUUUUCCGUGUAGGACCGAGUCAUGCUGCAAACAGUUACUUACAGACUCGUCCUGCAUCAUGUGGAAACUUACCACACAUACAAUUCCAUCUGCAUACAGGAAUAUGUCACAAUAUUCAUAUAUUUAUCAUUUUUAUAGAGAUGUAAUGUUUAGGUUUUCAUUUGUUUUCGUGAAAAGUACUUAUUUUAUAUUGCACUUAUCAAUGUUAGGAUUUUGUGGGUGAAUAGAAAGUGUUUUACAGACUACAUAAGUAUAUCUGUUAGUUUGCUUUCAUGUAGUAGCAUUUGUAUUUUGGAUUUGUUUAGUAUGUCACAAUUAGAGACAAAACUCUUGUCUUCACUAUUAUGUAAUCUGGCAGCGAGAAAACUGGUGUGAUUCAAUAUCCUCGGCGUGCCCGCAGCGAGCCUUGGCGAUGCUGCGCCACGCUUACUCUGUAUCAUAAUGUACAUAGUAUUUUUAUAAAGAUUCACUCAUUACAUAUUCAUAUAUUGCUUUUUUAUCAGAUUUAAUGCUAUUUACUAUGCUGUAUAAGGUAUUCUAUUUAACCAUGGCCAACAGAUGCAAUGGCUCUUUACAGUAUCCUGGUUUGGUCGAGCAGAGACCAAUUCAAAAUCCAUUGCAAAGACUGUAUACAUCACUAAUAUUUUGGGCGUCUGCUUUGAAUGUGCUGGGUAUGCUUCUUUAGUGUAUCCAUUGUCUUCCUUUAAUGAACAGAAAACUUGAACCCUUCCUCUGUACAUAGCAUCAGAACAAUGAUCAUGUUAUUAGCGCCUCAGCUUUAUAUGGGAAAGCGGACCAAAUAAAGAUAAACUGAAAU